GUAGGCGCGUGGAGGCUCAGCCGCAUUGUUGUGGGGGAAGAGAAGCCCAGGCUGCCGCUGAGCUGUGCAACUUCCAACGGAUAUUUCGUUGUCCAGACCGUCGGUAAUUAUCCCCGUAUAUACAUAGAACCAAAGAAACAGUCUCCGUCGCCCUGGAUACCAGUCGGUCACUUCCUCUCGGUUCAACAAGAGCCGUGGCCACCGUUGGAUGGAACGGCCUGACUGUGGAUUUAACUGCUGCUGUGCUCCGCAGGCCGCGUCGCCAUUACUACCGUUUCUAUAAACUGAAUUCGUGAAAACACAGAGAAUUCUACCAACUUCACUAUGAAGAAAAAAUGCAAAAAUCGCCGCCCCACUACACUAAAGAGGGAGUCUUCUCCAAUCAAGCCCUCCCCCAACAGGGAGACUCUCACCUAUGCACAAGCCCAGCGGAUGGUGGAGCUGGAGGUGGAUGGCCGAGUGCACCGGCUUAGCAUCUAUGACAAGCUCGACGUCAUCACAGACGACGACCCCACUGCUCAGGAGAUCCUGGAGUGCAAUAGCAACAAGGAAAACAACGAGAAGCCCCAGCAGGUUCUGGUUCGGUCUGUGCGCCUCAAAAUUAACCAGCAGAAGAAGAGUGCUGCACUUACCGCUUCACAUGGCAGCAGCACGGGCAGCCUCCUGGAGCCAAAAGUUCGAAUGGUUGAGUACAAUCUGCCAGUGGUGCCGAAGAGGCCGGCUGUGUAUUACAAAUACUCUGAGAGGACGGCAGAGGAGCUGGAUGAGGAGGUGGAGUACGACAUGGACGAGGAGGACUACGCCUGGCUCGAGCUUCUUAACGAAAAGAGAAAGAGCGAGGGGAUCGGCCAGGUGUCACACAAUUUGUUUGAGUUCCUCAUGGACCGCUUUGAGAAGGAGUCGUUUUUCUCUACGCAGGGCCAAAGUGACCUCCAGACGCUGGUGGAUGAGGACGCUGUUUGCUGCAUCUGCAUGGACGGAGAUGGAGCCGAUAGCAACGUCAUCCUCUUCUGCGACUCGUGUAACAUCGCCGUGCACCAAGAGUGUUACGGCGUGCCGUACAUCCCAGAGGGUCAGUGGCUGUGCCGCCACUGCCUCCAGCGUCCGUCACGGCCAGCCGAGUGCCUAUUCUGCCCGAACCGUGGAGGAGCUCUGAAAAAGACAGAAGAUGACCGCUGGGGCCACGUGGUAUGCGCCAUGUGGGUCCCGGAAGUCGGCUUCUCUGACACAGUUUUCAUCGAGCCCAUUGAUGGUGUCUGCAAUAUUCCACCUGCCCGCUGGAAGCUCACCUGUUACCUGUGCAAGGCCAAGGGUGCUGGGGCUUGCAUCCAGUGUGACAAGAUCAACUGUUACGCUGCCUUUCACGUCAGCUGCGCCCAGAAGGCAGGCCUCUAUAUGAAGAUGGAGCCUGUCAAAGAGCUGACCGAGUCUGGCGCCACCACCUUCUCUGUGAAAAAGACGGCCUACUGCUGCAGCCACACGCCAGAAGGCUGCGACCGGCGGCCUCUCAAUGUUUAUGACGAGCUUCAUCCCAAGAAUGGAGGCUGUCACAAGAGGGCAGAGAAGAGGGCAAAGCCUCGGUCCAAAGGUUGGCAGAGGAAAAAGAUUAAAAAAGCAGAAUCAGAGCCUGAACUUGAACCUGAAACACAAGCUAACCCUGGGCCGAGCAUUACUGCAUCAAGUUUUGACACCAUCCUGAACCAGGUAGCAGUUCAGAGGAAGCGCCUGUUUGUUGAGCGGGUGCUGAGCUACUGGGUUCUCAAGAGGCAGUCGAGAAACAAUGUGCCCCUGAUCCGCCGACUGCAGGCCAACCCUCAGCCCUCAAAAGCACAGCAGCAGAAGGAGCGUAUGGAGGCGAACCAGGCGCUAAAGGAGCAGCUGAAAGUUUGGCACCGUCUGCGCCAUGACCUGGAGCGAGCUCGGUUGCUGCUGGAGCUCAUCAGGAAGAGGGAGAAGCUGAAGAGGGAGGAGAUGAAGCUGCAGCAGUCAGUGCUGGAGAUGCAGCUGACUCCUUUCAACAUCCUGCUGAGGGCUGUGCUCAAUCAGCUGCAGGAGAAGGACCAGUACAGUAUCUUUGCACAGCCAGUCAGCAUCAAGGAGGUCCCAGACUACCUGGACCACAUCAAAAAUCCCAUGGACUUCUCAACUAUGAGGAAACAAAUUGAUUCUCACAGUUACCGGAGUUUGGAUGAGUUUGAGGAUGAUUUUAACCUUAUAAUAAGUAACUGCAUGACGUACAAUGCCAAGGAAACGUUUUUCUACAAGGCAGCUCAGAGGAUGCUGGACCACGGAGGAGUCAUCCUACGGAGAGCUCGCAGAGAGGUGGAAAGGAUCGGCUUUGACUUCCCCAGCUGCUUGCAAUUACUUGAAGCCCCAAAACUGGAGCCACCACCUCCCUUCUCCUGGGAGGAAGUGGAUCGACUCCUGACCCCAUCCUACCGUCAGCAGACACCACUGGAGGAUCAGCUGAAAGAGCUUCUGGAAAAGCUGGACCUGAGCACUGCCAUGAAGCACAGCCCGUCCCGCACCAAGAGGCUCAAGCUACUGAAGAAGACCAUCAUGGAGGUCCGCAGUGAGAUAAGCUUAAAGAAGUCCCUUCCACAUCCACCUCCCUCUGUCCCAGAUCUCCCACCGUCCCCCAGCCAGUCUGAAGAGAAGCCAUCUCCAGAAGGCCCAGCAGACUCCUUACCUCCACCAACGUUAGAGUGCUUAACCACAUCAUCUCAGCAUGAGAUCUCACCAAACAGCUCAGUGCCCCCCUCUCCGAAGCCUGUCACCCCCGUUUCAGAACUGACUCCCAUGCAACUUGAUGACAACACCAGCUCAUCUACCUCAAAACCUCCAUAUACCCCCAACGAGCACCUUCCAAAUCAGCUGCUUCCUAACAGUGACUUUCACACAGAGUUAACUGGAAACUGCAACCAACAGACCAACACCCUCUUCCGGAAGUCCAAGAGUGCCAGCCCUCAGAAAGCACCAAUGACCCAGGAGCCUGCUGUGUCACCACCCCCCCUGGGCGCAAAAACCUUCCUGUCAGUGGUGAUCCCCCGACUGGAGACCCUGCUUCUCCCGAAGAAAAGGACGCGCAGCAGCAGCGCUGAGGAUGAGGAAGAAGAGGGGACGCCAAUCAAACGUCUUGGCACAGGAUUAACAAAUGGUUUUGUGGUGGAGGAGAAGGUGGAUUCUCUGUCACCUCGCAUAUUGGAGCCACGACGCCGAUGUGCCUCAGAGUCCAGCAUAUCCUCCAGCAACAGCAUUAUAUGUGGCUCCAGUACGCUCAUGGUGUCUAAAAGUGUUAAGGGGCGACCUGCGGCGGCCCGGCGAAGCACUGUGGAUGACAGGAGCACUCUGAUGACCUGCGUUGAAAACGGAGAGUUUACCAAAACUGCUCCGAUUUCCUCAGAAGUGUGGAAUCCCACCGCUGCUUCUCCAUUUGUUCUGGAGCCUCUUAAGCUAGUUUGGGCUAAAUGUAGUGGAUAUCCCUCCUUUCCCGCCCUGAUCGUGAAUCCCAGAGUUCGGAGGACAUCGUUUCGGCACAGGAAGGUGGAGCCUCCCAUACCGCCAUUGGACGUUCUCAGAGCCGGAGAGCAGAUGCAAUUCAGGUCCGCAGAGAAACUCUUCCUCGUCCGCUUCUUCGACAGCAAGCGCAGCUGGCAAUGGCUUCCUAGAUCCAAAAUAGCUCCGUUUGGGGUCAACCAGACCCUGGACAGAAUAAAGCUAAUGGAGGCCCGCACAUCUUCAAUCAGAAGAACUGUGCGGGUUGCCUUCGAUCGAGCCAUGAACCAACUGAACGGCGGCGGUGAGGUCCUGGAGCCGGACCGCAGGGGCAGCCUCGCCGCCACAUGCUGAACUCUCUGUCCAUCCCACCAGCUCAACCCAAUGUUCUCCAUCAAACAUCACCUUCCAACUUCACUGUCCAUGCAGAGAGGAUGUUCUAAACUCUGCCUCAUACGCACAACACACACUCAUGUUUUAUACAUCCUCUAAACUGGAGUCCCACAGCUCCUCACCAUGUGUCUGAUUUACUGUAGUUAGUCAAAGAGCUAUGCAAUGGAACAACUCAGUUAGCAGCUGCACCAGGAGGCCACCUUCAGCUGGAAGGACUGAACACUGUCAGCUGGGAACCUGUUGAAUGUGUCACAGCCUGACUUCUGACCACUUUAAAUGUGCUACAUGCUGCUUCAAUGACAUCACUGCCAUGAAGUCCUCCACCUGUCAGUGUGUGUGAGUGUGACAGCAGCAGCUCAUGUAAAUAUUUCCCUCUAACACACGGCCUGACACUAAUUUAUUCACUCCUCAGUUUGAUUUGGUACACAGUUUGAUAUUUCUACCUUCAGAGGUGGUUCCUGAUGAGUUCCUACUACCACCAAUGGUGUUGGUGUUCCUGCUGGUGCUAUCUCCACAGAGAGAAGAAACAAACAUACAUACUGUAUUUGUUUUUUGUUUUUUAAGUUAUUGAGCUGUUCUGCAUCAACUUAUUGUUUAUGGCAUUAUUUCAGUGUGCAUCUUUUUUUUUUUUUAUCUAAAUGUUUUUACUGGACUACUUAUUUUGUUUGUUUGUAGAUAUUUAUAUAAAAAUCUAUAUCAAAGCUCCUAAAGUUUUAAAGGUCUAAAGUGCAUCAUUCACACCGAAACCAAAAGGAAAAAAAAAAAAAAAAAAACAAUUGCUGCCCACGUUUCCCUCUGAAGUCGUGUUUCAGGUUUCUGGCCUUUGUUGGUUUGCUGUGUUGGAUUCAAGCUAUCUCUGAAACGUCACAUCAGCGUCUUCUCCAGGGGAGCUGAAGCUCAGCAGUGAAGGAGAGGAGAGAAUGUGCCUGUACUAAUUUAUUGUAAAGCAGAAAAUGUUUAUGCAUCACUUUAUAUAGAAGGUGUGGUGAGAAAAUACUGCGGCUGCUCGGAGCCCUCCUUGUUUGUUUUUAGUGUUUGGACUGAUGGCAUUAAAUGUAAGAGGUGUGCUAGAUCUCCAUGGCAGGGUCGCAGUGUGUAGACUACCUGUUUAUUGUCCAGCCCUUCUGGAUGUUUGCUGUAAAUAGAUUUGGUACUUUAGCCGAUUCUCUGGGAAGAAAAAAAACCCACCCAGUUCUAGCAAAUGGGAGCAGAGCCCAGCCCAAAGCUGGCUGCUGGGAUUUUUAUACUAAAACACUGAAAAAUAAAAUAUAUUGAAAUACUGA